GGGGGGGGGGGGGUAAAAGAAACAGUCACUUCAACGAGGAGAGGAGUUGUGCGCGUAACAUAUAUACGUAUGUAACGCCAGCAAUCUGCAAGUUCUCCCCAACAAAGGUAGCAAGACUGGAAGUCUCCCUUUCGAUCCGACGACGAGUUCUUGCUCUCUCCAAGGUCUGCGAACUUAUGAUAAAAACAGAGCUCAUGUGAACAAAGAACCGCCUGAAACAUCCUUUAUCCUCAUCUAUACCUCCAACAGUCCCCUCUUGAGCGUCUCCGUCGGCUUCUCCGUCCGCUCCCAGAGCAGGUCUUUCCUAGUCUGCCGGAAGUGCGUCGUACCGUACCGGAAGAGCUCAGCAAACGUACCCGGCUCGUGGUCUUUGUCUUGGUUCUCCGGUUGAUCCCACAACAGGCCGAGAGCAGGCGUCUUGGUAAGGUUUUUGCCAUGGGUCACCUUCUGCAUGCUUGCCGUCGUCAGCGCCUUCCACACGAGCUUAUACGCCUUCUGGUACUGCUCUGAGCUCGGGUCUGCAUCGAGUCUCGUUGCGAAGGCGUUGAACGCCGACUCCCCUCGAAAACCGACCACGGUCUCGGCGGGCCAGCAUUCCGGCAGUACACGGAACCAUAGGAUGUGGUCGCGUUGGUACUCUGCUCCGUUGAACCCAGCCUCGCCUGGUUCCUCGAGCAUGGCCACUCUUCUCCAGCAUAGCGUCUGGGUAAUGUAUUGGAAAACAACCUCCGGGCCAACGAUGAACUCCCACUCCAUACCGGCUUCUCUGGACUUUGAAAAGUCAAGGUCGGUGGCGAAUGCCAUCAAGGGGUGUGCGGCUAGCCCACUGUAGUUUGUCCUAUCCUUCCAGACGUGGAUGAACAGGUCAUGCCAGCGCUUGAUGAACGGGUCGCCCUUGCGACUCAUCACCCAAUGGUUUGCAGGCUGCGUGUCGUAGAACCGGGGGAUGCAGAUCUGCCGUGGGCUUUUGGGGUCCGAAAGUUGAUCCCAUCCCAUCCGGUCCAGCUCGCGGAUCAACAUGUUUCCGACGUCCAUACUGACGCCUCCAUACAGGUACAGGCACGCGCCUCGCAGCAUGUCGGACGCAUGCGGGCCCGCGUACGGUCCGUCCAUCGUGCCGCGAAUCAGCGUCUCGGGCAGCAUCUCGGCAGGAACAUACUUCAAGAUGUUGUUUGGCGAUCCAGGCACAGUGUCGAGGACUCGAACGGUCCAAGAAGGCCCGUUGAUGCGGACCCAGUCAACGAUAUUUCUCUUGCACCACGCGGGAACGUUCUCGAGUCCGGAGUGCCAGUAGCACCAGAUGUUCUUUUCCGACGUGACCUCGCGGAAAUCGGAGAGUGACUGCAGAAUCUCGUCGUCAGAACGGCUGUCUUUGGGCUCCGCGGACGUCAAUUGGUCUUUGAACUCGUCGGGUAUCGUGAAUUUGGGGGACGCCAUGGCGUGCCGGGCGUGUUGACAGGAGCAGAUAAAAGGCUCGGAAUGGCGAGGAACAGAAGGAUGGAAGUGAGGAGCCAUUAUUCCCCGUGCUUUAUAGUCCAGCGCUGCAUGUCAGACUGCUGAUUAGGUCAGCGUUGUGUUGCUUCAACAGCAUCCUGCAUCCUGGUCAACCCACCCAAAAAAGGAACCACUUGCCAACUCAGGCAACUCGGUCUACCAAAGGCCGCCGGUUGUGGGGGCGGCGCCGAACGCAGCGUGCCGAUCUGAACGUUGAAGCUAAAUACGUUUCGGCGUCAUUAGACGAAGAACUUACUGUUACAUCCGUUCACGGACCCCACCUUGUUGCUUGAUUUGUCAGGAUCCAGACCCUGCCUGUCACUCUCAUCUCGUCCACACAAUCAAGUCAGUCAACGUGAGUUGCUGCAUCGUACGCUGCUGCAUCCAGCUCGCGCUUCGGUUCAUGUACCCCUCAGGAAAGCCCUGAAGCCGCAAUGGUGAAACCUCGAAGGCCGCCCGUCACUCCACCCGGACCGGUGGGCAAUGGAAGAGUCACCAGUACCUUUUCCAAAGCUCCCCGUGUGAGUAUCGAAUGCAUCCGUCUAGAGGCCUCGUGCUGCGCUCGUUGCAGGACGGGCACCAUGUCGUAAUAUAUUCGAUCAAGCGUGAGGCGGUCGGAUCGCUUCAGGCGAUUGGAACAACUAGAUCCUCCUAACCAUUUGCAUCUCGUUUUACUGGAUAAUGUCGUCCACUACACAGAAAUCUUAUGUUUAGCCAUGAGUCUUUCUCCGUUCGGAUCAAGAAGAAUGUUUAAUUCUUAAAUGUGACCCAGUUUGAGUUCUUUGUUAUAGGGUAUUGGAUGGGACAACCAGUCCGAGAACAUCGCACUCAAAGUUGACUAUAAAGCCUGACCGUGAGUCUGUUACAAGCUCCUACGAUGUAGAGGUUUCUAUCCAUUCAUCGCCUCGAAGACGCACGAGAAAUGCCUCCUCAAAUCUCUCCACGUCUUGUUCAUCGGUGGCCUUAAAUUGUAGAGGAGAUUGUCAGUCGGGCGCAGACACAGGAGACUCCAUACGCCAUUUUUUCAAACCAAAGCGUUGUUACCAGCGGAACGCGAGACCCGCGACGAUCUGGCAGCUUGACACGAGAAGCUCGGAUUUUCGCGUCGAACAGUGCUAACGAACGGGCAUCCUUCGUCAGGCCAAACUAGACUAAACUUAUGUCACGGACAUGGCAGAAACGCCCAGCUUGGGCGCACAAGACGCUACAUGAAGCAAGGGCUGCGAGUGUAAAUUCUCCGUAUGAGUGGCAGACGGGUAACUCGGAAGUAGUGAAGAGUUGAUCUUGUCAUUUCCUUUCCUUAGACUACACGUGCUGAAAUGAACCAGGUAUGCGUAUUAUUCAGAACGGACCCUAACGGGAACCCUGAAGACUUGAUCCCCUAUCGUUGGGCCUUGGCACUGCGACAUCCCUGCCAUGGCAACCAGUCGUAAACAGUGACGCAGCACUGCCAGCCACCUUAAAGAAAUAGCGAGGCUGACUGCACCAACCUCACCACAACGCACUAUUACCGUGCAAACCCCAAGUCUGCAUAUUAGGAAUCAUCGGUCUACCCGCAGUCCUACAUCAAUACUCUUCUCGCAAAGCAUCGACAGAACCUACGAGCUUCCUACGAACACACAGCCCUUGAGCGGCAGCGACAGCUCUUGGGCUGCGAGCAACGAGGACAAACUACGCCUCACAUCAUCACCACCCAUGGCUCCGUCACUACGCCAGUUUCUGCGCAGAGAUCUGCCAAAGGGAAAUGGUGACGUCAAACUGGGGACGGGACAGGUGCCCGGCAACUCCUUCAACAACGCCGGGUUCCUCGCCCUGUUCGCUAUCAUCGGCGGAUUCAUGGUCCUGGCCGCCAUUUAUUUCUUCUUCAUCGCGAAAAACGGUGGCUUCAAGCGGAUCACGAAGGACGACUGGGAGGACUACAAGAGCACGGUUUUGAGACGAAAGGGCCCCGACGGCAAGACGCUGAGCAAUGCCACCAAGAGCACGAAGCUCGGCGGCGGCAGCGUGGUUCCCAAGUGGGCUAAGAGCGAUUACACGAGAAGCACUGAGAGCAGCUACGACGACGGGGAGAUGCGCGAGGUCGAAGAAGGCAGAGGCUACCGCAACAUCCGUCAGACCAGCCGACACGACCCCGAGCUUGCUGCGUACAAGCAUGAGAAGGCUGCCAAAGUCGGUGGGAUCAACACGUCGAUGCAUGGUUCGCAAUGGGACUACUCGAACACUGACCGGUCCGACGUCACUCCCGCGCCGGCGGUUGACAAGAAGGAACUGAAGCGGGCCGAGAAGGAGAGGAGGGCCAGGGAGAAAGCCGAGCAGAAGGAAGCCGCCCGUCUGGAGAAGGAGCAGCGAAAGCAGCAGAAGAAGUCCAAGGCUACGGAAAGCGAGGCCGGCGACCGCCAGGCGCCGCGUCGCAGCCAGCCCUCCGCCGCGUACAGCUUCCAGCAGGGCGACGACGCCGAGUCGUCGGUGUACACGGCGCCCCGGAGCGAGGCCCAGACGCGCCACACGCAGUCCUCGAUCCGCCAGGUCAGCUACUACGAGUCGUACCGGCCGGGCGCGACCCAGCUCCCUCCGCUCCGCGAGCAGCCGACGCCGGCGCCGAGCCAGCGCUCCGGCGACGGCGGGCGACGCUCCCACCGGGCCUCGCGCGAGUCCAUGAGCCACGCCUCGUCGUCGCGCCAAGGCAGCCCCCGCAAGCAGCACCGCAGCGGCGCGCCCCGCUCCGACUACUCCGGCUCGUCCGACACGGGCACAAAGGUGUACGAGCACCACAUCCCCGGCCUCAGCAAGGGCGAGGUCGGCGUCGAGGACUCGGUUAGCCAGGUCGGCGCCCGCAGGCACCGCCAGCCGCCCCCGAGCGCGAGCUCGGGCUACCGACGCGGCGGCGCAGGCCGAGCCCGCGGCGACUCCCUCAGCGAGAGCGACAUCUGAAACCCCCACAUCGCCCGGAACCUCCCCGCCACCUUCCAAAAAAAAAAAAAAAUAAGAAAA